GCUUGAGUCUAAUUUAUUAUUAUUAUUUUUUAGAAAAGGCUUGACUUGUGUUCUGAUUAUUUGAUUUCUUGUGUUUGUUUUUAGCUUAUUGGUCUUUUCAGAAAUUUCAAAAACAUCAUUUUGGUUAGGUUUUUUUAAUUCCUGGUUCCAAAGUGCAAAUGUUACAUUGAUUAAAGCAUCUAAUCGGGGAUUGCGCGCUUAUCUUUUCAGUGUGCUGAUACAUUGCUGCAGCUGGCAUUUUUGCAAUUUAGAAAAAUAUGGGACAAUGCUUCAGUAAGGCUAAGUCUGGUCGAGCUGAUUUAGAAGAGAAUGUUGAGUUUCUUGGUGGAAAUGUGCACCCUGUUACCUCCAAAGAGGAUUGGGAUCAGAAGUUGUCUGAAGCAAAAAGAGAUGGCAAGAUUGUGGUUGCAAACUUCAGUGCAGCAUGGUGUGGACCUUGUCGAGGGCUUGCACCAUUCUAUUGCGAGCUCUCAGAAAAAUACCCUUCUAUGAUGUUCUUGUUGAUAGAUGUUGAUGAGCUAACUGAUUUCAGCACAUCAUGGGAUAUUAAAGCCACUCCUACUUUCUUCUUUCUUAAAGAUGGGCAACAAAUUGACAAGCUUGUUGGAGCAAACAAGCCGGAGUUGCAGAAAAAGAUUACUGCCAUUUCUGAGAAAUGAUAUUUGUAAUGGUUCCUGUUUCAGAG